GUUCUUCGAAGCUUCAUUGAUAGGCUGUAGGACACUCAGAUAAUAGUUGGGGAUAUUCUGCACUCUGUGCUCUGUAUUCUAGUUGAUGCACUGUAACUCACUAACUUUGUUAAACUAUUUAAAGAAUAAUGUUCCUAACAUUUAGAAACUUAGAAAAUUUUCUCUGAUUGAAAAUACUAUACUAAUUGCUCAAGCAAGACGCAGGGUGGCGCUGCAGGCUAAGAUUGUGAAUAAACCCUUUUGUUUCAAGAAGGAAUCACAGACAAAAACCUUUGCAAGCACUGCAGAGGUAUCAUCCGGUUUGGAUCACAAAAUACUAAACGGUUUUGGAUUAAAAGCAACUUUGUGACAAUAUCUCCAAACAAGAAAACGGAAAUCAUUACCUCCAGUCUUUUGGUGAGCGCUGAAGCACUGUAUACAGGAACCCGGUCUCAAACAUGGAGGAGCUACAGAGAAUUCAAUCAAUCAGGCAAGUGAUGACCUUAAUUUUCAUAGUAUUCUUGUCUCAGGUUCACCUACAGCAUAUUCAUUACUCUGUUCAAGAGGAAACAGAGAGUGGCUCCUUUAUAGCUCAUCUGACCAAAGACCUGGGGCUGGAAAGAGGGGAACUGGCUGACCGGUCAGCGAGGGUAGUUUCUGACCAUUACAAGCAGCAUUUGUUGCUGGAUCCUCAGACCGGAGAUUUGCUGCUAAGGGAGACGCUAGACCGAGAAGAGUUAUGUGGACCUGUCGAACCCUGUGUGCUGCAUUUCCAAGUGUUCCUCGAAAUGCCAGUGCAAUUUUUUCAAGGGGAAUUAUGGAUCCAGGACAUUAAUGACCAUUCUCCGAUAUUCCCUGAUACGGAAGUGCUCUUGAAAAUACCUGAAAACAGCCAGCCAGGGACUGUAUUUCCCCUGAAAUUAGCUGAGGAUUUGGAUGUGGGCAGCAAUGGGCUUCAAAACUACACAAUCAGCCCUAAUUCUCAUUUUCACGUUCUCACUCGAAAUCAUAGUGAGGGCAAGAAAUUCCCAGACUUGGUGCAGGACAAGCCGCUGGAUCGGGAGGAACAGGCUGAGUACAGUUUAACCCUCACGGCUCUGGACGGUGGGUCCCCACCGCGGUCUGGCACCGUCAUGGUUCAAAUCCUCAUCAUGGAUGUCAAUGACAAUACCCCCGAGUUUGUGCACACCCCAUAUGAGGUGCAGGUCCUGGAGAACUGCCCCUUAGAUUCCCCUAUCCUCAGCGUCUCAGCUAGAGACAUGGAUGCUGGGAAUUUCGGGAGUGUUGCCUAUGGCUUGUUCCAACCAUCAGAUGAAAUUAAACGAACUUUCUCAAUAAAUGAAUUCACCGGAGAAAUCCGACUGAAAAAGAAACUGGAUUUUGAAAAAAUUAAGUCUUACCACGUGGAAAUUGAAGCCACGGAUGGAGGAGGCCUUUCUGGGAAAGGCACAAUAGUCAUGGAGGUGGUGGAUGUGAAUGACAACGCCCCUGAACUCACAGUAACUUCACUCACGAGCCCCAUCCCAGAAAACGCUCCUGAGACAAUUGUGUCUAUCUUCAGAGUGGGAGACAGAGAUUCUGGAGACAAUGCAAAGAUGAUCUGCUCUAUUCCAGACAAUCUUCCAUUCAUUCUAAAGCAGACUUUCAAGAACUUUUACACCCUGUUAACUGAAAGUCCGCUGGACCGAGAGAGCAGAUCUGAGUACAACAUCACCAUCACGGUCACCGACUUGGGCACACCCAGGCUGAGAACCCAGCACAACCUAACCGUGCAGGUCUCCGACGUCAACGACAACGCCCCGACCUUCACCCAGGCCUCCUACACCCUGCUGGUCCCCGAGAACAACAGCCCCGCCCUGCACAUCGGCACCGUCAGCGCCACGGACAGAGACUCGGGCGCCAACGCCCAGCUCACCUACUCGCUGCUGCCGCCCCGAGACCCGCAGCCCGUUCCGGGCCGCCUGGUGGACGUCGGCGGCGCUGGGACGCUGUCCCACAGCUACCGGUAUGAGGUCUGUCUCACUGGCGACUCUGGGACUGGUGAGUUCAAAUUCCUGAAGCCUCUCUUCCCCAAUCUUGUGGUUCAGGAUACUGGGAGAGUGGCUAAGGAAAACUCCGAUUGCAGGAAUAGUUUUGUAUUCAGUUAAGUGUAGCAUUUGUUCAAUGAAUCUCAUUAAGUUUGCAAAGUUCAGUUGCAUUUUGCCUCUCUUAAGAAAUUGUUAUGUAACUAUUCAAACUAGUGUUCUAAAGCUAUUCGUGUCCCUCAGAGCACUGAUCUUAUUCCCUCCAUUUUACUUCUGUAUUUAGUAUUUUUAGAGGUGCUGAAUGAUUUAAUUUUUUCUUGAUAUUUUACAUUCUCACCAUGAAUAAUCUUUCCAUAGCUAUGUAUUACUCAAGUACUAUAAAAACGUAUAGCUGAGCGCUUGAGGAUCAAGUAUUCUGCCUGUGUAUAUAGUAAAUCCCAGGCCAGCCAAUAAUACAUAGUAAGACUGUCACUACUUUUAUUUUAAUCAACAUAGUUAAUGUUUUAUAUUGAAAUAUUUUUAAUUUUUGUGAAAUCUUGAAUUUUUGUUUUUAUACUACUUGUCUUUUCCAUAUAACUUCAUAUUUUCAAGGCUAGAUUGUUUGAAGUUCUUCAUUUUAUUUUAUUGAUACUGAGGAUUGAAUCCAGGGCCUCUUACAUAUAUUCUACCCCUGAGCUUCACUGCAGUUGAAAUCUUUUAUAGGCACUAUGGCCUUUCUGGUUGAUUAUACUAUCAUAUUAAGCCUUCUGAAUUGCCAGAAGCAUGAAACUUAGUAUAUUCCUUUCUCUUGCAUUGUAAGUAAAAAUGUACUUAAUUAGAACAUUAGCACAUUAAAACUGUGAUCUAUUUCUGUUGUGUGUACCAUGUAUGUUAGAUAUUAUGUUAUUUGGUUUCUACAUAUCUAGCACAUUGUGUUCCAUAAAAUCUAGCAUUAUUUUUAAAAAAUAAUUCUCAUUUACAAAUGAUAAAGAGAUGUUUAUAUGACCUUCCACUUCUUUCACUCGAAGUGGUAAGGGGCUGAGGGUACAGCUUGGUGGUAGAACAUACAUGCAUGUGAGUCUGAGUUCAGUUUAACACCAGAACCAAAGAAAUCAAAUCCCUAUUACAUUACUGCUUCCUGUACCCCUUUAGAAAAAAAUGACCUCAUAACCUGAAAUAAAUCCUAAAUUACACUGAAGAAUUAAAAACUGUUGGAAUAUCAUGUAUUUUUUUCAUCCUUCCUUUUGCCUUGUAAGUAAAAGUCUAACUCUGUAGUGUUUUGGGUUUUGGAUUUUUGGUUUGGUUUGGUUUUGUGGUGCUGGGAUAUGGGCUGAGUCCAGAGCCUCAUGCAUUACUAUCAUGCUACAUCCUCAACCCUAAAUGUUUAUUGUAUAAAUUUCCUUUGAAGCUUCUCCCGCCUUUCAAGAGUCCAAAAAUUUCUUCUAAACAUUGACUAACCUGUUUCAUUAUAAAUUAUUGCCAGAUUUUUCACUUUAUAUUAUUUUGUACAUAUGACCAAUCAACAAAAUGUUUGUUAUUUAAUCCUCUCAUUUUGCUCUUUAGUGUAACCUUCAAUUAUUUUGAGUUAACUUAAUUUUUCAAUCAAGCUGAAGUUGCAUUUGUAUAAAAUAUGUAUUGUUUUGUCCCUUAGUAGAUUUGAACAGUAAUGAAAUUACCUGAAUUAUAAUUGUUUUAUGUCAUACUCAAUAAGCUACAUAUGAUGAUUAUGUCAUUACUAACUAGUUAAAUGUAUAUGGAGAUAAACACAGAGCAACUUCAUUGAGCUUUUGACAGAAUAGGAGCAGUUGAAGAGCUUGCUUUGUAAUCUAACAUGCUUACUCUUAAAUAUGAAGCAUUAUUCUACUUCAGAUUAAGUAUUUGACUUCUGCCUUGAAUUAUUUUUCAUAAGAAUAUAAUGAAAUA